AUGGCCGGGCCAGCAAAGAAACGGCAGAAGCGCGAAGAGAAGCAGGAGGGCGAACUUCCACAGAAAAAAUACUAUCGGCAACGAGCACAUGCGAAUCCAUUCUCAGAUCAUGACUUGACCUAUCCAGAGUCUCCAGCAGCAAUGGACUGGAGCCAACACUACCCGGCCUUCAUCGCCCCAAAAGAAGACACUGCAGAACAAUCCGGCUUCCCGACAAUGGCCAAACAAGUGACAGUAGCAGACAUAGGCUGCGGCUUUGGCGGACUCCUUUUCGCACUCUCCCCCAAACUCCCCCAGUCCCUCAUCCUCGGCAUGGAAAUCCGCACAUCCGUAACGUCCUUCGUGCAAGACAAAGCCAAGGCUCUCCGAGCUCAACACGCAUCCACAGGAGAAUUUCAAAACGWCUCGUGCAUUCGCGCCAAUACCAUGAAAUUCUUACCCAACUUCUUCACCAAGGGCCAGUUGGAAUCUAUCUUUUUAUGUUUUCCCGACCCGCACUUCAAGGCGAGGAAGCACAAAGCACGGAUUGUUAGCACGACGUUGAAUUCCGAGUAUGCGUUUGUUAUGAAACCUGGCGGGAAAGUCUAUACGAUUACGGAUGUGGAGGAUCUGCAUUUGUGGAUGGUCGAGCAUCUGGAUGCACAUCCAAGCUUCGAGAGGGUUGGAGAGGAGGAAUGUGAGGGGGAUGAAUGUGUUGCUACCAUGAAGACGGAGACAGAGGAAGGGAAGAAAGUAGAGCGAAAUGCCGGCAAAAAAUUCGUGGCGGUAUUCAGACGAUUGGAGGAUCCGCCAUGGCCGGAGUGA